AUGGCCGCCACAUCCGUCAAGGUCGCGCGCCUCACCACCCUCGCGCAUUUCUCUCCGACUCCAACCCCCUUCGGUCCGAAGUCCACCAAGCACAGAGCUAGGGCCCCACCACCCAUCUCCAUCUCCAUGGAUCCGGCCCUCGUGGACCCAGCCCACCUUCAGGCCCUUAUGCUUGCCUGCGCCCACUCCUGCGCGCUCCGCCUCUCGCCGGCGCUAUCAGUUUCUGCCAUCGAGCCGGUCGACCUCAGCAAGCUCCGGACUGCACUUGCGCACAGCUUCAUCGUCGUAUCUGUCUUCUGCGGCGCUAGGUUCUUGACACACGACGGGGAAGGGGAGGGGGAGGGACAGAGAUUCUUGGGCUUGGAGCUCGGGCUCGAGCGUCAGGGGGAGCGGCGACUUGUCGGAUUUGGGCGCGCCGUCUCCGACCUCGGGCUCACAGCAUCCGUCCAUGACAUCGUGGUAAUCUUCUCUUUUGCAGUGAAUUCGACCGUGGUAACGAACCCUGGUUGUGGGUAG